ACCUCAAACCUCAUCUCCUGUGGUUUGUCACACUCGGAAAUGGAACAAGGUGGGAGAAGAUGACACUGCUGCAGACAUGGAAGUGUCUGAGCUGGAGAAAGCAGAGACCAUCUGAAUUCCAUACUUGCCCAUUGGGACCCUCUUUUCCCAGCACCACCCUCCACACAGAGAAGGGAGACCCUCAGAGCCAGUGAAGGUGGGGGUGAGGCAGUGGCUAUCACCUGUGCAUCCACUCAUGCCGUCACUGAGUAGCUGGUGAGGUCCCUGGCUGAGCAGAGCCCCCUCGGGGAGCAGGACAUGUCACCAGUGCUGAGGUGGCUGCAGAACUGCGUCCUACCACACCCAACAGCUGUGCGGAAGACGCUCAGGGAUGAGACUGAGGAACGACCUUUUCAAGCUUUACACCUGGCUCUGCCAGGCCAGCAGCACCUCACCUGGGCUCUCCAGGCAGCUUGGUGGGCUCAGUUCCAUCAUGCUCCAGCUCAUGGAGGAGCAGGGCCUGUCCAGCACCUUCCACAAGCUUGUGAAAUCUCUGUGCCUAUCAGCAAUGGUGGAAGAGGAUGUGCACAAGACAGCUGCUUCUGUAUUCCUGACUUCCCUUCACAUCGGGGACGUGUGGCUUGGAGCACAGGACCCGGAUAUGUCACUUACCUGUGUCAGGUUGGUGCAGGUUGCAAAUUACAGAGUGACUUGGAGACUCAGAAACAAAGGAAAGAAACUAUUAUGUUUCUUAGCAAAAAAAUUGUCUACAUCAGGGCAUUAAUUCAGGGGACUAACAUUCAUCUUUAAUGUUCUUCUGUGCUCUGCCCUCAUCACUGUGAGCUGUGAAAGCCUCCUGAGCUGUUCUCAUACAGACCUACCUUGUCUGGUCAGAAAAAUCAGUAUUUUAUUCCUGUGUGCAAACUCAGGGGGAAGAUUUUAUUCAACAUCUCUCAGUGGGACAUUAAAGCUCCAAUUUCCCUUUUCUUGAACAGUUUGAGAGACAAUAUUACUUAAGUAAUUUUUAUUACACGCAUUUUUAUCUUUUUGAAAACCAGAAAGUCUGUUUGUGUCUGUGUGUGCCCUUAAUAUUCAUCCUCUCUCUAAUACAGGAUGGGAAAAAAUGGUUGCAGAGCUUCAUGCAAUGGGGUAUAAGUUCAAAGAAUGAGGAGACAGAGGUUUAGUCAUGAUGAUUUCUUGGAGAAUCUGGUUGAUUUAAUGACACCAAAACCAGUAUGAAUAGAAGACUGGACUUGGGAAUCAGGACGGUCUUCUUGGGUUUAAAAGGCUUGAAUGGCACUUCAAGACACUUAUAUCAGA